AUGGCCGCCGCUUUGUGCAAAGACGACAGCAUUCUCCUACUACUACCAGACGGCGGCGUGCGCAUGUUCUCCGACUCGCGCCCCGGCGAUCCGCCCCUCCUUGUCUCCGACGUUCUCGCGGAGUUCCCCAAUUGCCGCGUCUGCCGCCUCGACUCCCCCUCCUCCCCGGGACGCUCCCCCUGCCUUUCCCCUCACGCCGCGCUCCGACCGGGAACAACGUAUUUCCUCGUGGAGCCUAUGACUCACAGGGUUGACCCUGGCUAUUGCGGCUUCGACCCUGUUACAAUGGAACCCGUUAAAAUAGCGGAACCAGCAACAGCAAGUGGCGGCUUCAGCGUGUGCGGCAGCGACACGAGCUCCGGCUCCCGGCGGUUGACGCGCGGACUCACGUCUCCCGCCGCCAUGGGCUCCGCCUCCGCGCAAUGCUCGCAGAGCUUCCCCGCGCCGCUAAUACCGUGUGACGCGCCGGAGCUGCUCGACAUUUCCGCCGUCGCUGCGCGAGCCGCCGCCGCAUACGGCGGUAACGCCUCCCCCGUGUCGGGUAUGGCUCAGACGGGCCCAUUUAUGUGCCGCACCGCGUCCUGGUCCGCCGCUUCCGCUCCCGGAUGGGCCGAGGCGUACGGAGCCGCGCUUAGCUACGAAACCGGCGCGCACGAUGCUUCCCCUUCGCGGUCAUCCCUAGAUCUGGAUUCGCCGCCGCAAAUGCGUUCGCGCCACGUGACAGCGGAAGACGCGGCGCUUGAUUUUAUUAAGCAGCACAACGCGACAACGUCCUCCGCAAGUAGGCGGUAUCAGCGCGCGCCUCUGCCCCCGCGGUGUUCCGUGCAGCAGCCUUCCCCGCGGGAGCAGCAAACAGCGGCAGAUGUGCUGGCCGCAGGUGCUUCUGGUCGUCUACGGGUGCAGCGGAGCAGCAGUACCCGCAACAAGAUCGUUUCGCUUGAAGAUAUUGUUUACGGACGGGUAACCUCGUGA